GAGAUAAAAAGACAAAAACCUGGAGAGAGCCUUGUCCAUUCAAGGAAGGCCUCGUCUGGGAAAAUAAUUCCAUGGGGUACAGUUGUAUGAGGCAGGUCUAAGGUUAGGAAUAACAGCUCAUGUAUAUUAUUAUUAAGGAUGCUUCGUGAUUGUUUGUUUAUCCAGAAAGUAAGCCAGGUUUGUGCUUAUUUUAAUGUUUUAUUAGGCGUUCCCAUCUUUGGUGAGAUUUACGAACUUGAGUUCCCCAGGCUUUAGAGCCUAUUAAAAUUCAGUUCGCAGUCUUGAGCUCUUUAUUUUUAUUUAUUUUUGGCUUUUUCAGUUGUUGCAGUCAACUGGGUUUAAUCUAAAGACCAGAAACUGCAAACCAACCCCACGUGCUUGCCUUCUGCCCGUUUGGGCAAUGGGCCGAAAGAAGCGAACACUUAUAGUCAAUGCUAAAUAUGAUGAAAAAAAAAAAAAAAAACUGCUACAUUAGCUCUGAAAUUCACUCACGAAUACGCAUGAAACGAGAAAUGUAAAGAAAAUUAGCUCAAAUGAUUCAACCCAUUCACGCCUCAGCACAGCUAAUCGUAAUCAUAGUAAUAAAUUUGCUCAACAAAUCUAUGUGGAUCUGAGCAUCUCUCUCUCUCUCUCUCUCUCUCUCUCUCUCUCUCGAAUAUAUAAGAGUCUGUAGAUAAAUUCCCCUCAGAAGUGGAAACCCAGAAAUAUUUUGGGGUCUGGGUUUUUGGGUAUUAUCAUUUUUUUGUUGUUCCUUCAUUGAUUGAUAUAUGGGUCCUUCGCUGUUCCAUGCUCUUGGUUGCCUGUCAUUUCUUCUCCUGGGUACAUGUUACAGCGCUUCUUUCCAAGGAGAAAAGAUCAAUAAAUUGCCAGGGCAGCCGGAAAAUGUGGGAUUCGCUCAGUACUCGGGCUAUGUGACCGUGAAUCAGAAAGCGGGAAGGGCAUUGUUCUACUGGUUGAUUGAGUCGCCGGCCAGUCGGAGCCCUGAAUCGAGACCAUUGUUGUUGUGGCUCAAUGGAGGUCCCGGCUGUUCUUCCGUUGCUUAUGGAGCUGCUGAAGAGAUCGGACCAUUCCGAAUUCGACCGGAUGGAAAGACCCUCUUCUUAAAUCCAUACUCUUGGAACAAUUUGGCAAAUUUGCUUUUCCUCGAAUCUCCAGCUGGUGUUGGUUUCUCAUACUCAAAUACUUCGUCUGAUUUGUAUACUGCUGGUGACCAGAGAACAGCUGAAGAUGCAUACACAUUUCUUGUGAAUUGGUUUGAAAGGUUUCCACAGUACAAGCACAGAGCGUUUUACAUUGCCGGAGAGAGUUAUGCAGGUCACUACGUUCCGCAGUUAUCUAAAAUCGUCUAUGAAAAAAACAAGGGGAUUGAAAAUCCAAUUAUCAACUUCAAGGGCUUCUUGGUGGGAAAUGCUGUGACUGAUGACUACCAUGAUUUUGUUGGCACCUUUGAGUACUGGUGGACCCAUGGGUUGAUCUCUGAUUCCACCUAUCGAAUGCUACGAGUUGCUUGUGACUUAGGAUCCUCUCAACAUCCAUCAAUUGAAUGCAUGAAGGCUCUUAGUGAUGCAGAGGCUGAGCGGGGAAACAUUGAUCCAUAUAGCAUCUUCACGCGUCCCUGCAAUAAUACCUUAUCAACAAGGCGGAUCAUAAGGGGUCAUUAUCCAUGGAUGUCCAGGGCAUAUGAUCCCUGUACUGAGAGAUACUCGAAUUUGUACUUCAACCUUCCAGAAGUUCAGCAGGCACUCCAUGCAAAUGUCACCGGCAUUUCAUAUCCAUGGAAAACAUGCAGUGAUAUUGUUGGGAACUACUGGGCUGAUUCUCCACUAUCCAUGCUUCCUAUCUAUAAAGAACUAAUCGCCGCUGGUCUCAGGAUAUGGGUAUACAGUGGAGACACUGAUGCUGUUGUUCCUGUUACUGCAACUCGAUACUCCAUUGAUGCUCUGAAGCUUCCAACUGUUGUUAACUGGUACCCAUGGAAUGACAAUGGAAAGGUCGGUGGGUGGAGUCAAGUAUACCAAGGGCUAACAUUAGUGACAAUAACCGGAGCAGGACAUGAGGUUCCACUUCUUCGCCCUCGAGAAGCCUUUAUUCUUCUCAGAUCAUUCUUGGAGAACAAGCCCAUGCCAAAGUGAAUCUGUGUAGUUUAAUUUUAUGCAUUUUACGGUGAAUAAACCGUCCUUGAUAAAUUGUCAAGAUUACAGGGGCUGAAAAAGAUUGGAAUAAGAGAAGCAUUCCUCAGUCAUGCCUGUCCAUUCUUGCUGCCCUGUGCAGCAUUUUUUUUUCUUCCUUCCCUCUUGUUUGUUUAGAGAUUGUCCACAAAAGCUAAUUGCAGAGUAUAUGGACGUUCGAAUUGAAAUGAACUACAAUUCAUUGUAGAUUAUUGAUAUGAAAUUUACUUCACGUAAGAAUUUGAUUAUUGGAAA